AUGUUGACAGCCAUAUUGAUCUUCUUCUUCCUCACCAUUAUAGACCAACUGGACAGUCUGUGUGUCAGCGCCAGUGUGACUUUAAGUGACGUAAAGUCGACUGAUUUCAGCUCUGAGGGCUGUGAGAUGCAGUACAGUGAGUCAGCUGACGAGUCCAUCAAUUGUACCACAGUGACUGAAUACUGUCAAGUCCUGAAUGGCCCCGACUUCACCGACUGUCACUCCAUUGUCGAUCCAGGGCCGUACAUCACUGCCUGCAACUACACGCUGUGUCAUUAUCCAGAUGUGGAUGGUCUCAGGUGUGAGUUUUUGGAGGCCUACGCUCAUGCCUGCAGCCUGAAGCAGAACUACAUGUUGGACGACUGGAGGACGGAUGCCAACUGCCCUGCCCCCAAGGCUUUCUGUAAUGACACACAGUGUGUUGAUCACGAGUUCUGUGCUGACGGCAUCAACAACCAAAUCAUGUGCUUCUGUCGGGCCAUUUUUGCCUCCGACUACAGGUCCAACAACACUUUGGGUGAUCAAGAGGUCUGCAUGGACAAUACUGCUUCACUCACUCUGGUCGGUUGUCUCCUGGAAGAGAAAGGUUUCCGAUACACGGACCUGCACCUCAACGACGACUCUUGCAGAGGUCAGAGGGACAUGGACCACAUGGUGACCUUUAACUUUAGUGACAGCAACGCCUGUGGAACGGUGGUCACGGCCAACGACAGCGUGGUUCUGUACAAGAAUGCUGUCACUGGAUUGAACACCUCUGAAAUUGUUGCUAACUUUGACAAAUUUCAUGUGAACUUUUCCUGCUAUUACUACCAGCCGGAAGUCCAGAGUAUGACCUUCAGAAUCAAAGACAACUCUGUCUUCCAGCAGGUUGUAUCAGAAUCUUGGAAUUACACUCUGAAGAUGACAGCCUACAAGGACGCCCAACACAGAGAACCUGUGAUGUCAGACAAAGACAUUCAGUUGAACCAGAGGGUCUGGCUGGAGGUGGUGACGUACGGUCUGGAUGGCAACCUGGUCUCCUUGGUAACCAACUCCUGCUGGGCCACCAACGGUUCAUCGCCCAAUGAGGGUCUGAGAUACGACCUGAUCUCUGAUGGUUGUCCAAGCUCUGUGGAGCCCUCAGUGAAGGUGAUGGACAAUGGAGUUGGAGUGUCCAACAGCUUCUCCUUCAACAUGUUCCACUUCACUGGCGACAGCUAUGAGGUUUACCUGCACUGCAAAGUUCAACUGUGUCCCAACCAAAGCGGAGGCUGCCAGCCGAGUUGUGCUGUUCCAACUAAUAGAAGACGACGCAGGUCUGCCAGGUCUGAAUAUGUGGAUGAAAGUCCAGCCCUCAUUAGCAUGUCCUGGACCAAUUAGGUUGUUUCCAUGGCGACUCAGAGUGUGGACCUUCAGAUACCAGACUUGGUCCUGAUGGGAAUGUCUUUUAAAACUUUUUAAUUGAAGCGUUUAGACCAAGUUGGGAGGCUCCGAGUGUCCAAUAGCUACUAUAUUAUUG